AUGACGGGUCUUCCCUCAGAAUCACCAUAUACAAACGAUCCGGGCUUACCUAGUUCAUUUAUUGCCAUUAUUAACUCUUUCGGACAUCAACAAUUUUUAAAUCAGAAACCAGAAGGUCGUGUAUUUGAAUGGUUUUAUUCAUUACAUUUGAGAUAUGGUAAUGUUGUCAGAGUUGGCCCCAAAUUUGUCUUAUUUGAUGAUUUAGAAGCUGUAAAAUUUAUUUUAAAAGACAGCGAUAUGCCAAAAACUCCAUCUGUUGCAGGAAUCCGAGCUCAUUACGACUUACCAACUUUAUUUUCUGCCACUGAUAAGACAUUUCACAGACAACGCAAACGUAUCUUAUCACCAGCUUUCUCUGUAAAAUACGUAGCGUCACUCGAACCACUAAUCCAAUCUUGCGCCAAAUCGUUAAUCAAAAAAAUCGAUUCGCUUGCAACGCUUUCUCCUAAACCCUCUCACUCGUUAAACUCGAUAUCUAAUCAAUUUAAUAAUGAAAGUACACCAUCGAUAAACCUUUAUCAUUUGAUACAAUGUUGUACUUUGGAUAUAAUUGGCGAAACGGCUUUCGGAGGAUCGUUUAACAUGAUCGAGAAAGAAAGUCAUCCAUUGCCUAUAAAAAUAUUUGAAGAGAUGAAAAGAAGGGUCAUGUGUCAUACGUUCCCUUAUUUUAAAACGUUCUUUAAAAAAGAUCCUUGGUGUGAUGAGUUUAUCUCAAAAAUCGUAAAAAGUAGAAUAGAGCAAAACUCAAAGACAACAAAACAUCGUAUAGAUAUUUUACAAAUUUUACUUAAUAACCAUGAUCCACUGAAACAAUCCUCACCGACUUCACCUGUGAACAUAGCCGAUGGUAAAACAAUGAGUGACUUUGAGAUACAAGAUCAAAUUAUGGAAUUUUUAGUGGCCGGUAGUGAUUCAAGUGCGUUUACCGUCAUUAUGGCAAUUAUUAUGUUACUUUAUCAUCCUGAGAAGUUGAGAAAUUUACGAUUAGAAUUGGAAUCUGCAUUUCCUGAAUUACAAAAUCGCACAAAGUCGUGUGAGAAAGAGGAUGAACUAUUUUUACCACCUCAUGAAACUUUAAAAUCUCUCAAAUAUCUGAAUGCCAUAAUAGAUGAAACUUUACGACUGUUUCCUGCUGCUUUAGGUGGCAUAAUGCGACAAACCACGGAGGAUACCAUAAUUUCCAAUCAUUUAAUUCCUAAAGAUACUAUAGUUUCUGCGUCAUUAUGGAAACUUCAUCGAUCAAAACAAAUUUGGGGUCAAGAUGUUGAUGAGUUUGUACCUGAACGAUGGUUUGAUUUGAAUUCAAAAAUAAGAACUGAUGCAUAUUACCCUUUCGGUAGUGGUUCUCGGUUAUGUAUCGGAAUUAAUUUUGCCAUGAUGGAAAUAAGAAUUAUCUUAAGCGCAUUGGUAGGAAAUUUUGAUUUUUUUGUCAGGGAUGGAGCCGAUUUACAAAUUGUACAAUUUAUUACUCCUUCACUGAGAAGUAAAAAAUUUGAAGUAGAUAUUACCCGACUACGUGAAAGUAAAAAAAAUAAUGAUGUAUAUAACGCAUGA